GGUGAAGGCAAGUUGGUGCUGGCCCACCCUCUGCUCCCACCCCACCCACAACUCCCCUAUCAGAAUCUGUGUGUGCUAGUGUGAAUUUGCUUGUGAAUUGAUGACCGUGAAAACACAACUGGGUGGGAGGGGAACUUUGAGUAUAACCGGGGCUAUCUAAUUUUGUCUAUGGUUGUCUGAUCAUGAGUAUGACUUUGUGAGGUUGACCAAGUGAUUGAGGAGUGACUUUGAAUGUGUGGCUAUGCGUAUUUGAGUGUGAAUGUCUAUCAUUAGAUGCUGCUGUGGAUGCUUGACUGCCCUUACUCACUGUUCCAUCAGUCCCUACAUCACACACUAAUCCUUCCCCCAGCUUCACUGCCCAGAGGUUAGGAGCACACGGGAAAUGGCUAUCCUAGAUGAGGAAGGAGUCUGUGGCAACAGGCCGAGAAUUAGGGCCCAGGAGUGUCACAGGUUACACAUACAUCUCCAACUGCCUCUGACUCACCUAGUGCCCCAGGUAAAAGGCACCCAGAUAAAAGGUAGGGGAGGAGGAGACAGAAAGAAGGAAGAGUCGAGGCUGAGGAACAUGAAGGGGCCCUCAACAUUCUGCAGCCUCCUGCUGCUGUCAUUGCUCCUGAGCCCAGACCCUACAGCAGCAUUCCUACUGCCACCCAGCACUGCCUGCUGUACUCAGCUCUACCGAAAGCCACUCUCAGACAAGCUACUGAGGAAGGUCAUCCAGGUGGAACUGCAGGAGGCUGAUGGGGACUGUCACCUCCAGGCUUUCGUGCUUCACCUGGCUCAACGCAGCAUCUGCAUCCACCCCCAGAACCCCAGCCUGUCAAAGUGGUUUGAGCACCAAGAGAGAAAGCUCCACGGGACUCUGCCCAAGCUGAAUUUUGGGAUGCUAAGGAAAAUGGGCUGAAGCCCCCAAUAGCCAAAUAAUAAAGCAGCAUUGGACAAUAA